GCCGGAAGCAAGUAUGGCCGCCGCCGCGGCCACCUCUACCGACCUAGAGGUGGUCCGAGGCAAGCGCUCCGCCCUCUUCUUCGCUGCGGUGGCCAUCGUGCUGGGGCUGCCGCUCUGGUGGAAGACCACGGAGACCUACCGAGCCCCGCUGCCUUACUCCGAGAUCAGCGGGCUGAAUGCUCUGCAGCUCCGGCUCACGGUGCCUGUCACUGUCGUCUUUACCCGGGAAUCAUUGCCCCUGGACGACCAGGAGAAGCUGCCCUUCACCGUUGUGCAUGAGAGAGAGAUCCCGCUGAAAUACAAAAUGAAAAUCAAAUGCCGUUUCCAGAAGGCCUAUCGGAGAGCUUUGGACCGUGAGGAGAAAGCCCUGUCAUUGGGCAGUGUGCAAGAGGCAGAAUCCACGUUAGCUGAGCCACAGGAACAAGCAGCGGGCUCCCUGACUGUGUACGUGAUCUCUGAGCACUCUUCACUUCUCCCCCAGGAUAUGUUGAGCUACAUUGGGCCCAAGAGGACUGCGGUGGUGCGGGGGAUUGUGCACCGGGAAGCCUUUAACAUCAUUGGCCGCCGCAUAAUCCAAGUAGCCCAGGCCAUGUCUUUGACUGAGGAUGUGCUUGCUGCAGCCCUGGCGGACCACCUUCCAGAAGACAAGUGGAGUGCUGAUAAGAGGCGGCCUCUCAAGUCCAGCCUGGGCUAUGAGAUCACCUUCAGUUUGCUCAACCCAGACCCGAAGUCCCACGACGUCCACUGGGACAUCGAGGGGGCUGUCCAGCGUUACGUGCAGCCCUUCCUGGAUGCGCUCAGUGUUGCGGGCAACAUCUCUGUGGACUCUCAGAUCCUUUACUAUGCAGUGUUGGGGGUAAACCCUCGCUUUGACCCUACUUCCUCCAGCUACUUCUUGGCCGCACACAGUCUUCCCCAUGUCAUCAACCCAGUGGAGUCCCGGCUGGGAUCCAGUGCUGCCUCCCUUUACCCUGUGCUCAACUUUCUGCUCUAUGUACCUGAGCUUGCCCACACCCCACUGUAUAUUCAGGACAAGGAUGGAGCUCCAGUGGCCACCAACGCCUUCCACAGUCCCCGCUGGGGUGGCAUUAUGGUGUACAAUGUGGACCCCAAAGCCUACAAUGCCUCAGAGCUGCCAGUGAGAGUCGAGGUGGACAUGGUGCGGGUGAUGGAAGUGUUCCUGGCUCAGUUGCGGCUGCUCUUUGGGAUUGCUCAGCCCCAGGUGCCUCCAAAAUGCCUGUUAUCAGGGCCUCAGAGUGAAGGGCUAAUGACCUGGGAGCUGGACCGUUUGCUCUGGGCUCGGUCAGUGGAGAACUUGGCCACAGCCACCACCACUCUCACUUCCCUGGCCCAGCUUCUGGGCAAGAUCAGCAACAUUGUCAUCAAGGAUGAUGUGGCAUCUGAGGUGUACAGGGCUGUAGCUGCAGUCCAGAAGGCAGCAGAGGAGCUGGCUGCUGGGCACCUGGCCUCUGCCUUCGUCGCCAGCCAGGAAGCGGUGACAUCUUCAGAACGUGCCUUUUUUGACCCCUCGCUCCUCCACCUCCUCUAUUUCCCUGAUGACCAAAAGUUUGCCAUCUACAUCCCGCUCUUCCUGCCUAUGGCUGUGCCCAUCCUCCUGUCUUUGGUAAAGAUCUUCUUGGAGACCCGCAAGUCCUGGAAGAAGCCUGAGAAGAUAGACUGAGCAGCACAGUGUCUCAUAGGAAACCUUCCUUCCCAGCCAGGUGGAAAGUGUUAGACUGAGAGGCACAUAAGUGGAGCCUGUCAUGAAUGACUGGUCUCUCUCCAGCUGCCCUGCCUUCUCCAGCAACCAAACCCCCACACUUGAAAAUUAGUAUUGUCCCUUCCUAUUUCUCUGGCUCAAAUCCCAUUCCCAACACACCAUCUCAAAAGUCACAUCCUCUGGGGCUGUUUAUCCAGCUUGAAUGUGAAGAUACUUGCCUAUCUCCCUUGGGGGACAGGGGCAGCUUGUGCUUCAGCCUUGUUCCUCACAGUCCUCUUGCGCUGAGAGGGAGCAUUGGGGGAAAACCUGAGCUGGUUCCAUUCCAUGCUAUUCCCUAAGCCCUAGGGAGAGCACUCCUGUCAUGGAAGGGCCAGGUGCAGAUCACCUCUGGGUCUUCUCCCUUAUUCCCCUCCCUCCUGACUGGUGAUGCUGUUGGGUAUAGCCUCACAAGAAUCUAGAAAGUGGCAGCUUUGGACCUGUUGCUGUGUGUUGCAGGGGCUCCCAUCAUCCUUACACAGAGGCAGUGCGAUGACUUGGCAUCAGUCAUGCCUGAACUCAGCACCCUUGCUUCUGCAUUUACCAUCUGGGGAGCUUUGAAUAAGCUAUUAGGCCUCAGUUUUUCAUUUGUUAAAUGGCACUACUAUUACCUCACCUUAUGAUAUGGUUUGAGAAUUAAAUGUGACAAACUUGUGAAAGUGUUUGGCAUAUUCUGGGUUCUCAAUAAACUGAUUGAAUAUGAGAUGGACUGAUGCGAAGU